UAAUCGAGGUUCAAGACGCGUCCAAAGUCACGCGUGGACGCGUCUACCUGUUGGGAAACAAAUAACAUGAAGUCAUCUAACAUUGAACAGAAACGCCUGAGCUCAUGGCCGCCGCGACCAUGAACCGGACGGGGUUCCCUCCAAUUUCAUACCACACCCCUCAGUCCAACUCUCCUGCUUCUGUACAGUCCCCACAGCACGACCAGCAUGGAAGGCCAAUCUAUGGCCAGCCACCCAGUCAGAUGCCCCAAUCAAUGUACUACACACCGUACGGCUCUGCGCCGGUGCAGCAGCAGUCGCCUUACAACCAGCACCCAUCUUCGACUCCACAGCAGCCCAUGGCAUCUAACCCUCUUCUGAUGUCACACCAGCAAGGCCAGCACAUGCAGCACCCUCACCAACCUCAUCCUCGCACCCCAGGUAUGACUGGAAGCCCGAAACCGCAAAUGUCACAAACGCCUCUUCAGCGCCCACCGUCAGGUCUUGGCCCACCACAGCAGCAGCCUCAGGCACCUCCGGUUGGCACACCGAACAUGCAUCAAGCUGCCCCGGGCGGUCCUGGCGUUAAUCCCAACGCUGCGCCUGGUCCUAUUCCUGCAACUACCCCACUUGUUGUUCGACAAGACCAAAAUGGUGUCCAAUGGAUCGCUUUCGAGUACUCUCGCGACCGCGUCAAGAUGGAGUACACAAUUCGAUGUGACGUAGAGUCAAUCAACGUCGAUGAGCUUCCUCCAGACUUCAAGACCGAGAACUGUGUUUACCCUCGCGCAUGCUGUCCCAAAGACUCGUACAAGGGCAACCGUCUGCACUACGAGACUGAGUGCAACACUGUCGGAUGGGCGCUGGCACAGCUGAACCCCUGCCUGAGGGGCAAGCGUGGUCUCAUUCAGCGCGCAGUCGACAGCUGGCGCAACAGCAACCAGGACCCCCGACUCAGGAGUCGUCGCGUCAGGCGCAUGGCCAAGAUGACAACACGAAAGGCCCAGGCCAACACACACGGUGCCCACAUGGCUGGUCCAGGUGGCCCAGGAGCACCUGGUGUUCCCAACUCAGCAUCUUUAGCAGCACCUUCCCGCCAGUCUAUGAUGGGUGGUCCACAGAUGCACCACCACCACGAUCAUCCAGGAGGACCACAAGGAGGAUCGGAAGAUGUUAGCGGCAAUGACUACUCCGAGGCACACACACAUCACCACCAAGCCCCGAACGGAACGCAGUCCCCGAGCGACGUACGGCAAACACCGCCGCACGCAGCUGGUGUACCAGUUUCAAAGCAGCAGGAGCAAGACGAAGAAGAAAGGAAGCUAGCAAUGUUUGGCGACCUACCUGAGUCAAAGCGCCGCAAGUUUAUCCUAGUCGACGAUGCGCAACGGGGUACCAGAGUGCGCGUGCGAGUCACUCUCGACACUGUCAAGAUGGAGGAGAUGCCAGACUCGUACCGCAAGUCGAACUCUGUGUUUCCCCGCAGCUACUUCGCCAUGCAGAUGACGUCGCCACCGGCCAGUCCGCGAGGUAGCAAGGUAUUCGCGGAUGAGCCCGACAUUGAGAGCGAUCCCAGCUUCCCGUUGUCUGGCGCUACAACAGUAGUCGUCCCCACUCUUGACGGCGAGACCCGUGUGCCGAAGCCGCGUCUUACAAGGACGAAGCGCUCGAAGGAGAUUACGCUAAACGAUCUUGGCUACCGCAUGAGCUGGAGCCAGAGCCGUGUCUUCGCGGGCAGAACAUUGUUCCUACAGAAGUCUCUUGAUGCCUACCGUAACAAGAUGCGGAGCAGCAUGAUGGGUCAAGGUCAAGAUGUGACCCAAGUGGCGCCACACUUCGAAACUCGGGUCGGAAAGCGAAGGUGGAACGACAGAAUCGAGCGAAACAAGAAAUCGAGGCGUGAUGGCUCACCUUAAGAGCUUUCCAGUUCAAUGGCCAGGAUUCAAGCCCUAGUCGCGGACGACCGUUCCG